GAUUCAAAACCCUAACGAUAAAUACAAAAUACAUAUACAAAGUGAAAACAUCAUAAAAUAAGGAUAAUAUUCGUCCAUCUGGUAACUUUUUUUUUCUUUCGGUUCGUACUUGCUCCUCUGGUUUGACGAGCUGCGCCCGUAUUUGGGAAGUAAUAAAGAAGUUUUCUACCUCUACAACGCUUCAUCGUACUGAGAACUCCUCCAGACGGUGCAGGGAAUGGAGUUCCAGAUGCUGCUGUUUAAAGUGGGGACGGCCCUUAGUAUGGACAAUGUAAAAGCUCUAGCAUUUCUUUGCACCGACAUCCUGAAAUACAAAAAGGAAUCUGUGAAGUCAGCCAAUGACCUCUUCUCUCGUCUGGUGGAACAAGACCAUCUUUCGGAUGAGCGACGCCACCUGCUGACUGAGCUUCUGCGCACCAUACAACGCCACGACCUAGUCAGAGAAUUCCAUCUCAGCGACGGAGAAACUACAACCACUAGCCUCAUCUCUACUUACAGGAAGCUGCUCUACAACCUGUCCGAGGAGUUGACUGAGGAGGACUCGAAUGAUGUGAAGUUCUUGUUGAAAGAUGAGCUCCCAAGAAAAAUACUGGAGGGAAAUUCUUCUUUGCUGGAAGUCUUCCUGAGGAUGGAGCAGAUGGACUUCCUGGCUGACGAUAACUUAAACAAACUGGAGAUUAUCAUUCAGCACGUCUGUCCCAGGCUGAUGGUACUUAUCGCCCAGUUCAAGGCACAGCAGGAAUCCUCUUUUACGACUUUAGAUUUCAGCACUGAAGCAAGCAGCAGUGCCAGCUAUUUGUGCAGUGAUACUUUAGGUUUGGAUUCUCAAGGAAACAGGACCUUGCCUGAAGGACAUCAUCAGACAUCUACAAAGAGUAGGGCUUUGGGAACAUAUUCCAUGACUCAGGCAAAGAGAGGUAUCUGCGUGAUUAUCAACAACUUCCUCUUCCCUCUGCCCGGCCUCAAGGAUCGUGUGGGGACCGGGGUUGAUGAACAGUGUCUGAGCGAUGUGUUUAAGUGGCUGGGCUUUGGCGUUGAGGUACAUGCAGACUGCACAAGUGAGAAGAUGUUGUCUGUGAUGGGGGAGCUCGGCAAGAGAGACCACAGUAGAAUGGACUGCGUGGUGUGCUGUGUUCUCAGCCAUGGCCUGGAGGGAAGAGUUUACGGUGUAGACAGUCACACUGUUGAGAUCAGGGAUCUGAAGGAGCCUUUAAAUGCACUUAACUGCCCGACUUUAGCAGAAAAACCCAAACUGUUCUUCAUCCAGGCUUGCCAGGGCAAAAAGGAGCAGAGAGCUGUGUACAUCCAGGCAGAUGGCAACGAACCAAGUCUUGUUUGUGAUGCUCUUAAAGAGUCCAUCCCAGCAGAGGCUGAUUUCCUGAUGUCGAUGGCCACUGUUCCUUCCUUUGCCUCUUUCAGAGAUACAAAGAGGGGCACCUGGUUUAUUCAGUCAUUGUGCAAAAACCUCAUCGAGUUGGUGCCAAGGGGCUUGGACCUGUUGUCCAUCCUGACCAAAGUGAAUGAUGAUGUGAGCCUCCAGACCAAACACGAAGGAGAAAAAAAGCAAAUGCCUCAGCAAGCCUCCACGCUCAGGAAGAACGUGGUCUUCCCGGUGCCUGAGACCCCUUCGCCCAGAUUGCCUUCUGUUUGAAUGACAUUAAAACGAUCCCCCAAGGUCGAAGGGAAGCCUCAUCCAAAUGUGGUCAUACUUUAUUAUAACUAGAACUUCUGGGCCAUCUACUAUUCAACGAUGUAGUUGGACACUUGAAAGUCAAACUGUAGUUGAGAUUUUUUUAGUUUUUUCCAAUGACACAGUCAUACUGGUUUGUUUACACACAAGUAUAAGCCCUACUCCUCUAGUUAUAACAUUUCCAAAGCUAAGUAUUUGUCUGCUGUAGCGAAUCUAUGAAUCAUCUCGCUCUUAGCCUUUAUUUUAUUUCAUUAUUUUACAUGCACUUUUAAAUGGCACUGUCAAUGUUGACCAAUUGUUCCUGGGGCAACUACCAAAGUUUUAUUCUUCAAAAUGUAACAUAAUUUGUUGUCAUUUAAAAUAUGCAAAUACGAUCCACAAGGUUGUGCUAUUGUGAAAAUAUUUUGUCAAUUGAACAAUCCAUUCAUUCUGUAUGUUUGUAUUAAACUGAUAUGAAACUUCA